AUGAAGUAUCAAACUGAAUAUCAACGAAAUUAUCAAAAACGAACACCAAAAAAAUCCGAUGAACUUCCCGUAGCAGAGAGAAAAUUAAAUGAAGUACCAAUUCGACGUUCUGCAUCAUCUCCAUCUCGUCGACGUGGUCGAUCUGUCCCAUCAUCACCUACACGUGAUGAUUCGAAUUUUGCGGUCAUUGGACCAAAUGAAAAAUUUUCACAAUCUCAACUUUAUCGAAUGAAACAACCGGUUAAAGAUAAUCAUCGUGUUGCUAAAUCACAAGAAUUUGCUCUAUUAGGAAAAAAUGCAAAAUUUGAAAAUAAUGUGGUUUAUCCAUUAAGAAAACCUGUUGUAACUGAUACACCUCAAACUGUUGUUGUACGAAGACGUAAAAGUGAAAAUCAUUCAUGUGGUGUUCAGACUGAAUUGAAGAGAACAACCAGUGCGUCAUAUGAUCUUCGUCAUCAACGUGAUGGCGUAGCUAAUCGAAAACGACGUACUCCACAAAGUGAAUAUAAACAACAGUAUAAUUGGAAACAAUCAGCAGAAGUUUUACCUAGUAAUCAAGUGUCGAGUGAAGAAUCUAAAGUGCGUGAACGACGUUCAGAACCAAAAGCCUCGUCAUCUGCUGUUACUUCACCAAAAAAAGCUUCUGUAGCUGUGAAUACACCAGCACGUGUUGAAAUUGAUGUUAAUAGAAAUAAACAACAAGCUCAGCGACCUGCUACUCAUUCAACAAAAGCAUUUCGUCCAAAACGAGAUGAUACAACUGAAUAUCGACAACGUUAUAAACCUACUCUUAUUGAGCCAAAACAAACAGAAGCACAAAAAACAUAUCAUGCACAAUAUGUAGAUGAACGAACAAAACGAAAUCAAAUUCCUGAAGUUGAACAUGCUCAUACAGAUGAUGAAGGUACUGGAGGAAAUGUUGAUUUAGGAACUGAAUUUCGACAAAAAUAUCCACAUGGAAAAUUAAGACGUUGGAAAUCAGAAUAUCAAUCAACAUAUAAACCAUUUUCGCGUUUUGAUUAUAAAAAUGGUAAAUGGUUUAAAGAUCCAGCUGCGGAUGAAAAAGGUUUUAAUCCAAAUUUAUUCUGGUAUAAAGAAUUAAUGUCUACACGAAAACGAGCUGAUGAAUUUCGUUCGAAAGCAGAAACAGAUCAUUUUAAUCCUGAUCAUACUCUUCAAUUAAAAACUGGUUAUGGUACUGAUAAUUAUCACGCAUGGGAUACAGAUGUUGAUGAUGAUGAUAGUGAAAGUAUUAUUUCAAUUGAUAGAGAUUUAGAACGUGAACGUCUUGAAGGUGAACGUCGUCGUGAAAAAGAUGCUAAACGAAAUGAAGAUGAACAUAUUCAUCAUGAAAAGCCUAAAAAUAUUAAAAAACCAACAACAUUUAAAACUGAUCGAGUUGCUCAAACAGACCAUAAGGUUGAUCGAGUUAUCUAUGUUGAUGAACCACCAGUAAAACAACCAAGUGCAGCUACAAAAGCUUUUGUACGUAAUCUUGGUUCGUCAUCUGUUCAACAACAUAUGUCUUGGGAUUCUGAUAGUAUUUAUAGCCAACGAACAAAUUCAGAUAUUGAUUUGAAAUCGAUAACUGCAAGAGAUUUACAUAAUAAACAUUAUCAAAAUGAUAAUUCAACAAAUCGAACGAAUGUUAACCGUAAAUCAUCACCAAAGAAAAAACAAUCGCGAGGAACAGAAACUCGUUCACCUCUUCCAAAUGAUCGACAACAAAAAACUUGCUGUUCAUCUCAAAUAAAUGAACGAACAACUCACCAAAAUGGAACACCUACGCAUCAUACUCGUCCAGCAACAAGUUAUCAAGAAACUUCGAAUGCUACUGGUAGACCAAGUUAUGAUACACAUACAUAUGAUAAACGUCCUCAUAGCAGCAUGAAUGAAUAUUGUUCAUAUCCCGCCAGUCGAUUUAAAGAUGAAGUAACAGAUUAUUAUUAUGGUGGUAAUGAGAACAAACAACAGUAUCAAUAUACACCAACAACUAAACCUUCGUUACAAAAUCAGGCUGGAUCACAAGAUGAACGUUAUGGUCGAAAUUAUCCUACACGUAAUCAAGAUGAUGAUGUUCUUUCGGUUAAUUCAGUUCGAUCAUUAUCAUCCAGUUGUAGUUUAGCAUCACAAACACUUGAACGUGCUCAUCAAAAUAUGAAUAAAUAUUGGGGAGAUAAUUCACCGAAAAAAACCUAUAAUGCCAAGCAUUAA